GAAUCCCCUGCGCGUCUGGCACACGGCAGAGCAACAAACUCUAGGAAGAAGAGAAACGUAAUUUAGGGGGUGUAUCCCUUGUUUAAGACGCUGUUAUGGCAAAGCCAAUCGCCAGAUGUUUGUGUUCCUCACUCAGAUUUUGAGACUAAGCAGAACGCCGGGCUACUACGCGGAGGCUGAUUCGCCUAUCCAAGUCAGUUUUAGCCGAAGUAUAGCUCUCUCGCCCGCUUUACGCACAGGAUUACGGCCGUUUGCUCGUCUGUUUCGCGGAACUGCAACGUUUUUUCUGUCAUUAUUUAACAGGCUGAAGGAAAUGGCAAAGGAGAGAAGAGCGCGUCUGGGCGAGCGCAGAGGAAACCAGAGCUGAAUGGCAGGAUGCAAGCGACCUGAAGACGCACAAAACCCCGCGUUUCUACAGCUCUCAGCCACUUUUACGCGUUCUUUUGGUUUCCUUCCAUCCGAACGAGAGGAAUUAUCCCUACACGAUCAUUUAAGGAUUUCCUUUUUUCUUAAUUUUUCAAAUUUGUGUAUAAAUUUCACACGCAGAACUCUAGGAAUCGAGGAUGCAUUGUGGAUUAGUGUUGAUCCUCUUUACGGGAAUCUUUCUCAUCGUCAGUGCGAUUAAAAAUGACAAAUGUGGGGGCAAUAUCAACAUCAGUGCUGCAAGUUACCUCACUUCACCCGGUUAUCCGGUGUCUUACUACCCGUCUCAGAAAUGCAUAUGGGUGAUUACAGCUCCAGGACCGAACCAGAGGAUUUUGAUCAACUUCAACCCACACUUUGACCUGGAAGACAGAGAGUGCAAAUAUGACUAUGUGGAAGUGAGGGAUGGGGUGGAUGAGAGCGGGCAGCUGGUCGGGAAGUAUUGUGGGAAGAUCGCUCCCUCUCCCUUGAUCUCCUCUGGGAACCAGCUCUUCAUCAAGUUUGUGUCUGACUACGAGACUCACGGCGCUGGCUUCUCCAUCCGCUACGAGAUCUUCAAAACGGGUCCAGAAUGCUCCAGGAACUUCACCUCCAGCAGUGGAGUCAUCAAGUCUCCCGGCUUUCCAGAGAAGUACCCCAACAACCUGGACUGCACAUUCAUGAUCUUUGCUCCAAAGAUGUCGGAGAUCGUUCUGGAGUUCGAGAGCUUCGAACUGGAGCCGGACACACAGCCUCCCACUGGAGUGUCCUGCCGCUACGACCGCCUGGAGAUUUGGGACGGUUUCUUUGGAGUUGGUCCAUACAUUGGCAGAUUCUGUGGACAGAAUACUCCAGGACGGAUCAUAUCCUACACUGGAAUCUUGGCUUUGAUAAUCACCACAGAUAGUGCUAUAGCAAAAGAGGGAUUCUCCGCUAAUUAUACCGUGCUGGAAAGGACAGUCCCUGACGACUUUGACUGUACCGAGCCUUUGGGUUUGGAAACUGGGGAAAUCCAUUCUGACCAAAUCAUGGCCUCAUCCCAGUACAACCCCAGCUGGUCUCCAGAACGUUCUAGACUCAACAACCCAGAGAAUGGUUGGACCCCUGCAGAAGACUCAAACAAAGAAUGGAUUCAGGUUGAUCUUGGAUUCCUGCGCUUUGUCUCUGCAAUCGGCACACAGGGAGCCAUCUCUCAAGAAACCAAGAAGAAGUACUAUGUGAAGUCCUACAAGGUGGAUGUGAGCUCAAACGGAGAAGACUGGAUAACUAUUAAGGAUGGCCCAAAACAGAAGAUUUUCCAGGGUAACACCAACCCCACCGAUGUAGCGAAAGCCGCGUUCCCCAAGCCCACGUUGACACGAUACCUCCGGAUCCGACCCUACUCCUGGGAGUCCGGCAUCGCCCUGCGCUUCGAGGUGUAUGGAUGCAAAAUCUCAGAGUACCCAUGUUCAGGAAUGUUGGGAAUGGUCUCAGGCCUCAUCGCAGACUCUCAGAUCACAGUCUCUUCCCACACCGAGCGCACAUGGGUGUCAGAGAACGCUCGUCUGCUGACCAGCCGUUCGGGAUGGACGUUGUUGCCACAGCCCCAGCCGUAUGCGGACGAGUGGCUACAGAUAGAUUUGACCGAGGAGAAAUUGGUCAGAGGUUUGAUCAUCCAGGGAGGCAAACACCGUGAUAACAAGGUCUUCAUGAAGAAGUUUCGGCUGGGCUACAGCAACAACGGAUCUGACUGGAAAAUGGUGAUGGAUGCCACUGGCAACAAGCCCAAGAUUUUUGAGGGGAAUUUGAACUAUGACACACCAGCAUUGAGGACGGUGGAGCCUAUAUUGACACGCUUUGUUAGGGUGUACCCAGACAGAGCCACUCCUGCUGGGAUGGGACUUAGACUGGAACUCCUGGGCUGUGAAAUGGAAGUGCCCACAGUGCCUCCGACUACACCCGCGUCCUCCACCACACCUUCAGACGAGUGUGAUGAUGACCAGGCAAACUGCCAUAGUGGAACAGGUGAUGACUACGACCAGACAGGAGGAACCACUGCGCCAGAGACGACCACAGAGAUGAGCACCAUUCCAGGUGAGAAAGUGUUCCUGUGGUUUGCCUGUGACUUCGGCUGGGCCAGCGAUCCCUCGUUCUGCGGCUGGAAGUCAGAGGACAGUGGCUUCAGGUGGCAGAUCCAGUCCAGCGGCACCCCGACCCUAAACACCGGCCCAAACAUGGACCACACUGGUGGAUUGGGGAACUUCAUCUACACACUGGCGACCGGAGCGCAGGAGACAGAAGUGGCUCGGUUAGUGAGUCCGUCGGUGUCGGGACAGGACUCGGACCUGUGCUUGUCUUUCUGGUACCACAUGUUUGGGUCCCACAUCGGCACGCUCCACAUUAAACAGCGCAGAGAGACGAGCCAGGGCUCAGCGGACGUCCUGCUCUGGACCGUCAGUGGACAUCAAGGCAACCGCUGGAGAGAGGGCCGUGUGCUGAUCCCCCACUCCAGCAAACCCUACCAGGUGGUAAUUGAAAGCGUAGUGGAGAGGAAAAGUUUGGGAGACAUUGCCGUGGACGAUAUCAAAAUCUUAGACAAUCUGAACAUGGACGACUGCAAGGACCCAGAUUUUCCCGCAGAGCCGAUUCAACCCGAGGACACCUUCAAUGAAAUCAUUGUGGACAUCACAGACUUCCCUGAGAUCGUGGAGAACCAUGAGAUCAGCGGAGCCGGGAACAUGCUGAAGACGUUGGACCCCAUCCUCAUCACCAUCAUCGCCAUGAGCGCGCUGGGAGUGUUCCUCGGCGCCAUCUGUGGUGUGGUUCUGUACUGCGCCUGCUCACACAGCGCCUUGUCCGACAGGAACUUAUCCGCCCUGGAAAACUAUAACUUUGAGUUAGUGGACGGUGUCAAGUUAAAGAAGGACAAGCUCAGCUCACAGAACUCGUACUCGGAAGCGUGAGGCGUCAACCAAUGAGAGGGAACCUCUCCUCAGGGAGGGCGGGGCUAAAACGGACUGCCGAUGCCAUCCGAUUGGAGGAGGACAAGGCUCUGUGGUUCAGUGAACCAAUGGGAGGACGAGGGACUGAGCCGUGCUUUUCUCAGGAGCUGCAGUGAACGGAACCUACCAGUAGGGGGACACUGUGUACAAAACAUUGAAUUCAAGGAUUAAAAAAAAAAAAAAAAAAAAGACAAAUAAGAAUAUGUACAGAUGAUUGAAAUUAUUAUUUUAUUGUUUUGUAUUAUUUUUAGUUGAUCAUUUUUACAAUCGGAUGCUGGUGUUGAGACCAAUAUAUAAUAAUGUUAUAAAGUAUUUAUCUUUUUUUUUCUAGGAGGAAAAAAAAAUCAUUUAUUUUUUAUUUUAAAAGAUUGUUUUGCGCUUUAAGGAGAUGUGUAAAAAAAUAAAAUAAAAAACCCAAAUGAACCAUAUACGACCAAGGGACGGUAAUUACCCCAUGGUAGGGUAAGGAUCAAAGGGGGUGGAAGAUCAUCCAGCCCUGAUGCAUUCUGGGUAUGGUUCAGUCAGUGCCUUUGGUACAUCUUUUUUGGCCUCCUCGGUUGUUGUUGUUGUUGUUUUUUUUGGGUGUUUUUAACCCUUUAGUUCUCAAAAAAGGCUGUCGGUCGAAUCUGCAAAACAAAACCCGGUGAAUUCAUAAGCGCUUUAAUGUUGAAAUCCUGCA